CCGGGAGCCCCAACAGCCCUGACGUUGCUCCUUUGCUAGUCAGCAUUUUUCACACCGGAGAGGGAUGAAUUGCACCGCAAAUUUGUUUCCAAGUUGAAAAUCGUUGGGUCUUUCCACGUGAAAGGAUAUUAAAGAAGCACAAGAAAAAAUCCUCCUGGUUUUGAAUUAAAAUGGAAAAAUAUGAGAACCUAGGAUUGGUUGGAGAAGGGAGCUAUGGAAUGGUGAUGAAGUGCAGGAAUAAAGAUAGUGGAAGAAUUGUAGCUAUCAAGAAGUUCUUAGAAAGUGAUGAUGACAAAAUGGUUAAAAAAAUUGCUAUGCGGGAAAUCAAGUUACUAAAGCAACUGAGGCAUGAAAAUCUGGUGAAUCUGUUGGAGGUGUGUAAGAAAAAAAAACGAUGGUACCUAGUCUUUGAGUUUGUUGACCAUACCAUUCUUGAUGACUUGGAACUCUUUCCAAAUGGACUAGACUACCAACUAGUUCAAAAGUAUUUGUUUCAGAUUAUUAAUGGAAUUGGAUUUUGUCAUAGUCACAAUAUCAUACACAGAGAUAUCAAGCCAGAGAAUAUAUUAGUGUCCCAGUCUGGCGUUGUUAAGUUAUGUGAUUUUGGAUUUGCACGGACUUUGGCAGCUCCUGGGGAGGUUUAUACUGAUUAUGUGGCAACCCGAUGGUACAGAGCUCCAGAACUAUUGGUUGGUGAUGUCAAGUAUGGCAAGGCUGUCGAUGUGUGGGCCAUCGGCUGUCUGGUAACUGAAAUGCUCAUGGGGGAACCCCUCUUUCCUGGAGAUUCUGAUAUUGAUCAGCUAUAUCAUAUUAUGAUGUGUUUAGGUAAUCUCAUUCCAAGGCAUCAGGAGCUGUUUUAUAAAAACCCCGUGUUUGCUGGAGUAAGAUUGCCUGAAAUUAAGGAAAUGGAACCACUUGAAAGACGCUACCCCAAGCUCUCCGAAGUUGUGAUCGAUUUAGCAAAGAAAUGCUUACAUAUUGAUCCAGACAAAAGGCCCUUCUGUGCUGAGCUCCUGCACCAUGAUUUCUUUAAUAUGGAUGGAUUUGCUGAGAGGUUUUCUCAGGAACUACAGUUAAAAAUACAGAAAGAUGCUAGAAAUAUUUCUUUAACUAAAAAAUCCCAAAACAGAAAGAAGGAAAAAGAAAAAGAUGACUUCUUAGGCGAGGAGAGAAACACACUUGUGGUGCAGGAUUCCAACGCUGAUCCCAAAAUUAAGGAUGCUAGAGUAUUUAAAAUAAAAGGAUCAAAAAUUGAUGGAGAAAAAGUUGAAAAAAUCAGUCGAGCUUCAAAUGCUAGCUGUCUCCAUGACAACGGGACUAGCCACAUCAAAACAGUGCCUUCAACAAGCCUCAGAGAUUGCAGCAAUGGCAGUGUGGACCACACAAGGAAUCCAGGCACGGCCAUUCCCCCACUGACGCACAGUCUUUCUGCCGUAGCUCCCAGUAGUAAUUCUGGAAUGGGGACUAUCCCAGGAGUUCAGAGUUACAGAGUGGAUGAGAAAACCAAGAAGUAUUGUAUUCCAUUUGUUAAACCAAAUAAAAAUGCUCCGUCAGGCAUCUGUAAUAUUAAUGUGACCACACCAGUCACUAGUGAGAAGAGCCUCCUUCAGGCAAAUAAGAAAAGAAGAGAGUACUCGAAGACAGAUGUCCAUUUGCCUGAAUUAAACUAUAAUCAUCUCCCUGAACUGAGAGCCUUGGAAGGCACAGCUCGGAAUUCCAGGCUAGUGAGGAAAGAGAACAAAAAUCUUUCAGAAUCUCGAAUUCCUUCUCUGGCUGCUAUUGACUCGCAUGCCGCCAGUGUUGCGCUGCAUCAGUUUCCAUGGGUCAGAAGCCUGGGCCAAGCUGCUUCUCUCCUUAAGAGUCUCACAGGCCGAAAUCAAGAUGUCAGCAGGGCUGCAUUUCUUUCUGGAGGCUCUAGGGGAGAAUCCGUUUCCAGGCUCAUUCAGGUACCAGGAUCUCCCUUGUCAGAGGACUCGGAGGCUGAUUUACCUUGGGUGGAACACCAGCACUGAAUGCCAGUUCAGUUCUGAACUGGGUGCUGCUUUGCACUUGAGAUGACAUCCUCUUGGAACAAAAGUGCUGAUAUCCUAGGAGGAGAUACACGUGGUUUUGAACUGCCUGCAUUUUCUGAGAAAGGUCUUGCAGAAGGAAAGAGAAAGACUUCCAGGUGUUUCAAAGGAAGACUGAACAAGUUUCCCUCUCCAACUGUUAUCCCAUUGCCUUUCAAAUCCACUGAUGCUAUUUCAAGAUACACCCAAUGAAAGACUAGUGACACGGUUCUUGUCACAUGAGUGUAUAUUUACUGUUGGUAGGUUGUCUAUUUAAAGUUACCCAAGAUUAAAAGUAAGUUAAAAAAGGGAGAAAGAGACAUUAUAAAAGUUCAUGUUACUUAUGCAUCGAACUUUGUGUAUUACCUGCAUUAACGUGUAUAUUUAUUUAGGAGUGUGUUUGGUGGAUGUGGGUGCUUAAAACUAGAAUCAGUUGAAGAAAAUGAAAAAACUAGGAUCAAAGAAAAUGUUUCCUUUGCUCUAACGUAACUAUAAAAACACAUUUAAGAAUCUUACUUGUGUUUAGGCUUUAAGAAGAUAUGUAACUGCUCUCUAUGGAUAGACGUAUUUCUUUGGUUUCUGUGAUUAUAGGUGAUGUUUGAUCAGUGUAUCAUGGGAAUCUGCCUCUGCUGAUCUUCUAAGAGCCACACUAAAUGCAAAUUUCGCAAAGAAACCUUUCACUUCUAAUGGUUUGGUACGGCUGGUCCUGGAUAGUCCUCUGUGCUAUAUGAUUCUUGUGCUAAUGUUUCUGUGAGCAGGAACGUGAUUGGAACAAGAGUGUGAAAGGAGAAUUUUGUGGGUGUACCUUGGAGUUGAAACUUUUCAGUGACAAAAGAGGUAUAUAUACAGAAUUAGGAGAUGGCAAGCAGGUUACCAAUUGGCUAGGACUGGUUACUCUUCUCUGGGCCUAUUGCUACUGAAGUCCAACAGCUUUGGGCAGGGAAUGUCCAUUGUUCCGGACUUCACUCCUAUCCACUGAUAGUUUGAAGGUGAUAUUAGACAGAAUAUCUGUCUAAAAUCCUAGAGAUAUUCCUGUCUCCUCAAACACUUAGGCCUUCCCAAAAGCUUUUAACCAAGGUGCAAAAUUAUUAACCUAUAGCACACACAUCUUUUCUAAUGCACUGGUCCACAACUUUUAGGUGGAAGAGUUAAACCAGUUUGGCCCUAGGUUUUUGGUUUCUGGGUUUCCAGUCAUGCUCUGCAUUUAUCAUUUUAGAGAAUGGUUGUUAAGGGGACCAGAAUUUUUGUGGGGUUUUUUUGCCUUAACCAAUUAAUAAUGUGUUGUUUUUUUCCCAAAAGACAUCAACUAGAACUUAGCCCAACAAUUUAACUAGCACUUUUCUCUAUUACCUAUGCUGUGGAGCUUACUAUCAAAAUUCUAACCAUAGCUACUUGAGCCUCAAAAGAGUAGGACAUUCAGGAGGCAAAAUAAGGGGCUGCAAUUUAAAAGCCUUAAGUGGCUCAAUUAAAGUUUGCUCUUGAUUUCGAAGCUUUAUCUUUAACCUCUGACCAGGUGUUUGACUAGACCAGGUAUGGCUAACAUGCUGAACAAAAUUAGUGUAUAGGCAUUAAUAGGCCUCACAUUAAAACAUUACUUCUACUUUGAAGAAUGUUGUCAACAGCCACCACAGCAUAAAAAACAGACACUACUUAAAAGCCAAACGGCUGUCCAGCUUAUUUCAGUGUUUGUUCUAUUUAAAGGUCAGUGUGCAAAUGACCUUUGUCUGAGGGUCACCUCAAUGUCUGAGGGUCAGGGGUCAGUUACCUUUUCAUUCUGUGUUUGCUUCUGGCAUCUUUUAUCUAUUAAAACAUUUGUGCACUUUAGAAUUAAGGAACUAAAAAUUAUUUACUAUAAGUCCAAGUUGAGUCUUGAGACUCAUAUCUGGUUAGAACCUUGGCAGAACUACCUGGAAAAAGAGAUUUUGCAAAUUGGGGUUAUAGACACUGAACUAAAAUAAUCCUCUUUUUUGCAGUUUAAGGUUACUUUGUCUUUCCUUACAAGGAUAUGAUUAAGUCACAUACUAAAAGGAAAUAUGUAUAUGUACUGGUGGGGAAAAUGGGCUUGUUGUGUGUAUGUGUGUUUUACAGUUAAUAAAUAUUAUAU